AAAAUUCCUCUUCACUUCAUUCUCUAAAAAAGCUAAUUGCCGAUGUAUUCAGUCUUCCUUUAAUAAGAAAAUAUCAGUGACUUCUUUGUAGAAGACGUUAAAUAAGCUGAUAAAUUCAGAGGGGCUAAAAAUAAAGUUUAAACUGUGACGGUUUCUUGUCUCACUCGUGCUGAACAGCUCUUUCUGUGUUACCUAACUCUGCUUUGCAUUGAUUCUUAACACCUCAUUUCUUGUACCUCCCUCAUAAUGACAUGAACGACAUCCACCUGGUCCUACUUGACAAUCAGCUUCAUUCUUGCACCCUCUGUAGCACUUGCUUUUUAACACAAAGAAGUUGCCAGUGAGCUGGGACUUGAAAAUUGCCCAGGCAGGGCUCCAUUUCACAACUCAAGCCUUUGCAUUUCUGUAGAAUGUGCUCAGUCCAAAGUCCAAGUGAAAUGACCAGUAAUACUGCUUAAGGACACGGAAAAGUAUCCUCUUUAAUGAAGUCACUACAGUUGUUCUGCCAAGUAAUUACUGCUCCUUCUGUUUAAGUCCCUAUCCAGGUAUGUUAUCCCUUUUAAAAACAACAUAAAAGAACCUAGCCAAAAAAAGCUGUUCGGUGUCUCAUGAUCCGGAGUGGCUGUGAUGCUUUUUCAGUAGCAGGUGCUGGCAGACAGCACCAUCACAGCUGUGGUGGCUGCACCCAGAUAAGCAUCUCAGCCUGAACUCCAGCACAAGUCUGAGAACAUCCCAGUUUUCCCUGCUGGGCUCAGGCUGAGCGUGGUGUGAGUUAUGCAACAGGAGUUUCAGGCAGGGGGAAGUCAUCUUUCAAGGUGCAAUGUCUGCAGGUGGGACAGGUUUGGAAUUUUUUUCCCCCUUAUGCAAAUCUUGCUGAUUAUUGUUUUCAUGCUUUGGCCUAUCCCUUGUGGAGCACGAACCACAUGGCAGCUCAGAGGAGCACCCACGUGGCUCAGCCUCUCAGUUCUCUAAAUGAGUUAGGAACUUCCUUCCCAGGGAAGAUCCAACAAGUGAGUAUGCUUCUUUAUGGCUUGACUGCUGCUGCAAAUGGAACCAGGAACAGCUUGGGAUCCAGCUAGGAUGCCACGGAGACUCAGACAUGGGAAAGAAGUGUCCAAUUUGAUUUUUGAUACAUGCUUAGUAUGCAUGCUGCUAGGUGCACUGGCUGUGCUGAGAUUUCAUUUACCACAGUAGCUGUGGGCAUCUACCAGCAAAAGAGUGACUUCUUAUUUUGUCAGGGGAGGGAUUCCUGAAGAUGUGGUUUUGACCUUUUCUGGUUUUGCUGAACUCACCAAGGGAAAGCAUGCUGUGACAUUCAGAUGUUCCUGGUAAAUGCAGCUUUCCUCCAAGUAAAGUUGUUCUGAGUGGAGAGGGGAAGGAAAGUGCAAGGAAAAUCUGAAGAUAUAGGGGGCCAGAAGUGUGUACAAUAUGCACAGUUCCAAGGUUAUGGUUGUUGGUUAUUAUUGCCUCUGUUUUAAACUAUAGGGAGAGAUGACAGUAAAAAAUAUUUUUGCAGAUACUGAAGUUGCAUUUUCAGAUGACUCUAAAUAGAUUGGUUUCUUACAAUCCUUGGAGCAUUCUGGCUCUGUGCAUGUUAAAAUAUUCUCUUUUUUUUUUUUGAGGGAUCCAAACUUAACUUCUCUUCCAAGGGUUUUUUGCAGCAGCCUGUGAACUCAGGGGAGGUAUGUUUAUGUUGAGGCUCUGAUACAGAUCAGUUCCUCUGCUGAUGUACAGUUCUCUGUCUUGCACUUGAUUUGCAGUAGAGGUACUGCAGUUUAUUUCAGCAGAGGGACAGGCUCCAGAAUUUGUUGUGAGAUGAGUGACUCUGCCUGUGGCGCCGUGGACAGCUCUGGAAGCAUUUUUCAUGUGUGUGCAUGUGCCUGGAUGUAUGCUCCUGCAGAGGCAAAAGCCAGAGCACUUAUAUUCUUUCUAUAUUAAGGCAUCUGUUUAGUUCCCUUUAAAAGAAAGGAAAAAAAAAUAGGUGCAAUUUUGGCUGUGUUUCUUAGUUCCAGUGAAAUGCUGUAGGGAUGACAAUUUGUGAGAGUUUUACUUUGACAGGAACCGGCUGCAUCCACAUAUGUAGGUAGAUGGUGUUUUUCUCUAGCCCAGCUUCGGGGGGGCUGUGCCAAGGCUGUUGUGGACACAAAAAGGGAAAUCAAAUCCUUGUUCUCCUCUCUGGCAGAGGUGCUGGCAUUUCUGGGCUGCACAGAGGGUGAGCGAUCCCUGGUCAGAGAGGGGAGAUGGGAGGAGAGGAGGAUGCUGAUACUGUGUUUGGGUGUAACUCCAGGGAAUGUUUCUCGUUAGGCUUUGCAAGAAGCAGGUGAGCGUGUUCGUUCCCACUGGCCUGGUAAUUGUGUUACAAAGGGAGACAUGCCUGUCUUCUAGGAAUUCCAUCCUUCCUAUUAUAAAAGGUUUUCAUUCUUCUUGGGUGAUCAGAAAGAAUGCAGAAGGAAUCUGGAAAAGCGAAUGAAAGUGGCUCAGCUUACUUUGAGAUCUGAAAGAGUUCAGAAGUUCUUCCCUAACUUGAAAACUUAAUGAGCAUCUGAAGCAAUGCCUCCUUUUAAUUUAGAUCAUCAAAUUAAAUUUUGCAAAGAAAAUUAAGCACCAAAUUCUAGUCCUGACAGGUAACAAAAAUAUGAAACCAUUUUCACACACAUGCUUCUUUGUACCAGCCUUUCACAAAGGUAAUGAGCAGGGUGUGGGGAUUUUUUUUUUUUAAAUUUCCCACUACUUUUUCUCUUCCGGACUUUACUGAUCUCUUUUGCAAGAAAAGUUUCUAUUUUUGAUGCUGCUUUUUCGAAAGUGAGAGGGCAGAAUAAUGGCAAGAGCAUUUUCCUGGGGACUUUUCUGAGUCCAUUCAUGUUGCUAAAGCAGUUGUAUAAAGCAGAACUUGAGGGAAUAGCAACUUCUGCAAGGAGAAGCUGUGGAGAGGGACACCAGGGAGGGAAAAGCAUCACUUUUAUCCUGGCUUGGGGGAAUGUUGCUUUCUCACUAGUGCAGGUAAGUCUUCAUUUCUGCAGAAUGACAGAUAACGCUCUGCUAAGAUUUCUGAUUCUUUUUUUGAGAUCUCUCCCUUUCUCUUCUGUGCAACUGCUGAUACAUUUUAAUAACAUGCUUAAAUUUGGCAAAUAAUAACAAAGUUAAAUAGCAUUAAUGGCAUGCUUAGCUUUAUCAGAAUUAUGUUGUGCAAUGCUUUUUAACUUCUAGGCAAGUUACUUCAUUUCUACUUGCCAUCUUUUUUAUCUGUCCCAAAUUUUGCAUGGUUGUAGUUGCACAGCCAAAAUUCAGGUGUUAGGGCAGCUGGCAUCCUAACUGCCUGCUUCUAAUUCAAUAUCUAAAUUGCAAAGCCUUCAAGUUAAACCUUUUAAAUGGCACAGUCAUAUUUACUUCUAAGUCCAUAUUAUCUAUUAAGCUCUCCAGCUGACAGAAAAUUUAGUGUAUAAUGGUCAAAUGGCAACUGUUUAGGAUUAAAUGUGUAACUGGACUGACGCCUUCCAUUUAUAACUGCACUUGGAUGCAGUUGUCAGAGAAAUCUGUUUAACUUGUGGUUUUGCUGCUAGCUCUUCCCCAUUCAGGCAUGAUGUGUGGUAAUGCCAUUGCUGACCAUUCAUCAAGUGGGAAACAGAUGGCACUAGUUUCCCUUCUAUUGAGGGAUGGUGAUGAAAGGCUGCUCCUGUGAGAAUGGCAGCAAUGAUGCAAGGCAAAAUAUUUUCAGAAUAUAAGUGUUUUCCAGUCUUUGCCAGAACAUUGAUUGUAAAACAUGCAUCUUAUUCUACACUGGUGUAAAUACCAGCUGGUGACAGAGAUCAUCUUAUCACUGCUGGAUUCCUAGAAGAAACUUGGUUAGAAGGUAAACUGCCUUGUUGAUAGUUGUUUCUUGCCAUUUGGCAGUCAAGAUUUUCUUGCUGCUUACGUUUGGCAGCACAGGUGAACUUUGUAUCUGCAAUUAGUCUUUGACUUUCUAAAGGAAAGUACCAGACCACAGAUUUAACAUUGGAGUAGUCAAACAACAUCUAAAAUUGCUGUUUGGAAGUUGAAAAUUCCCAGGUGAGCGUGCUGUUGGAUCUCCAGAGGCUUGUUGGGCAAUGUCCUCAAGAGUAUCUCCCAAAGAAGCACAUCGGGUGCUAAGAAACUAAAUACUCUGAGUGUUUGCCUAGAUACUCUGUUGUUUAUUUUCUUGACAAGCCAGGAAUAUUUGCCUGCUUUGGCUGUGCAUUCAUUUGCUGCACAUCCAGCAGAGGCUGAAGUAGUUCUGAGAGUGACCAUCCCUCCAUGAGUCCAUUCAACAGGUCACUACUUGGAUAUCUUCUUCUACUUACCAGAUCUACUCCUGGCCUUCAGGCCAUUGCUGUACCAAUACAGGGAGCAGUGAAUCUCCUAAAAAGCCUGCCACCUUUUGGGGUGACUUUGCUGGAUAUUUGUACAAGUUAACCUGGGGAGAAUGUAACCCUGGGUGAGCUCCCUGUGCUGUAAAUGUGAAGAAAGGAAUUCAGCACUUCAAGCCUGUGGAAGACAGCAUGAGCUGGGACAGGAGGGAAGGAAGGAAGGAAGAAUUUAUCCUCUCCAUCUCUCCCCUAGGCCUGCAGGAUCUCCUUGGCAUUCAGCUUGAGCAAGUGCCUUGCCAUCCACAGGCUCUACAAGUCAAGACAAGCUUUAUGGAGAGUUGAGUCUUCCUGAAUGUUGGUGCAGUAGUAAUUGCAAAGAGCCACGACCUCAGUGAGCCCCAAGUGGUCUCUGUGUGCUGAACUGAAAUGCAAACAUGCACACUUUCAGCUGGAAACAGGUUCCUUGGUGGAUUUUGUGUCAGAGUAUUAGGCAACAAUAUUGGAUACAAUUUUUACUUUACUCUUGUUCUAAAGAGUCUGGAAAACUGCAUGUUAAUUUUGCUGUGCUCCUUUACUCUUGAUCUUCCCCCCUGAGGUGAGGGAUGUAUUUUCACCUCUGCACAGGACUGGGCCUGGGUGGUUCCCCAGCUUUUGCUGUGGUCCCACAGACGUGUGCAGGAUCUUUUCCUGUUGCACAGCAUCCCCCUGUCAGUCAGGUGAGUGACUGACAUGGUCAUGCUGGGUAUGAUCGUUUUGUGGAAGCAUGUUUCUGAACUCACCUGAACCUGUCUUUCAAAAUAUUUUAUUGCCAUAAUGAUGUGGCAAGUCCUGGCAGUGUAGGCACAAGAUUUCAGAUGAUUUUUCUCCGUACCACUGGAGGGUAAAAGGAUUACAGCCCUUACCUUUCUGAAGGUGGAAGAUUUGGGGACAUAUGCCUAUGGCACAAAUGUUAACCAGUAACUGAGUUGGGUUACUGGGACUUGGUACUACCUGAGACUGAGAAGUGACUGAGAGUUCCCUCUCACCACAGUUGCUCCUCUCCUGAGCUGCUGGGUCAUUCAGGUUUUUGGGUCUUUUUUUUUUUUUUGUUAGCUUCUUAAUGAAUUCAGCAGCUUGGCCUUUGUUAAGGAAAGAGAGGGAAAUGUUAUGUUAUUUGCAUGGCUCCAUCCAAUUUUAAUUUUUUUAAAGCAGUGGGAACCUCUUCUCCUGGAGCUUCCUGCAGCCUGUGCCCUCUCUGAGCCCUUGGUGUGUGGGGAACACCAGAGGUGGCUGCUCACCCCUUGCAGCAGGUGGUGGAGGCAAAGCUUGCACCAGGCUCUGUUCAAAGGAGAACAUCUUGGAACAGCCCCUGCCUGCAUUAUGGGAUGAUGCUGUGUGGCCUGUGAGGACUUGCUGUGUGUCCAGGCCCAGUGCCAGCGGAGCAGCAGCUUUGCUCGGUUGCUGGUUUGGGUUUUUGGGGCGCUGUAGGAGCCCUGUUUGCUCUGUGUUCGUGCUGUGUCAGACUGCGCCUGGCAGGGUCUGCACUGGGGAACAACCAACAUAGGGGAGAGCUGGUUUGGUGGGGGGUCAUGGUGGCUGCAGUGACUAACUUGAGAAGUUUCUGCUGGAAAAUGGCUUCAGUGUAUGAUACCUGCUCUGAUAGCAAAUCCCAGCCUUGGUGUACUGAAAAGAACAGAGCAGGAUCAGGAGGGCAUUCUCAGCUUUCUGGGCUGGCACCAAGUGCGCAGAGCUGGUGGUUUCAAAGCAACAGCCUCCCUGUGACUGGAGUUUUCCAUCCUUUUGGCAGGGCAUGUGUGGUAGGCACAUGCUGAGAUGUGCCCCAGGGUCCUGCUCCCUGGCCUUUCUUUCCCAGCUCGGUUUCCUUCCCAUGGAAAGCAGGGUGGGGAAGGCAGGAGAGCAGAGCAUGUGCUGACAUGGAGCUGGGAUGCUCACCCAGGCCCUGAGAACAGAGAGGUGCUCCCGGGUGCUGCAGUGCAGACAGGGCCAUUGAGGGCUGGCUGCGGCUCCACCCUGCUGUUUUUAGAGCAGCUUUUCAGGUAUGUCUGCCCUACAGCCCGGGGGUAUGACUGCAGCUCAUUUAAAACGACUCCUACUCACUCUCAGAGCAGAGUUUGCCAGGGGUGUUUCCAUCCAGCACCGGUGAUGAAGUAGUUCAGUGACCCUGAGUUGAGUGCCAGCUCCUUACCCAUGGCUUGGACACAUUGCAGCCUGUCCUGCCACCUGCACAGGGCCCUCAGUGGCCAGCUGGGCUGCAUUCACAUCUGGGUUGUGCUGCCUCUGCAUGUGCCUUUGGAGUACAUUUCUGCAGUAAAUGAGCUCAUUAUAGGUCCUGCUGGGUAUUGCUUAAUAUUCCAGCUGUUAAUUAUAUAAUUUUCUUAACAACCACAUUCUAGGUGCAUCUGUUCUUCUGAAGACACAUUUGAUAAAAAAACUAUGCCCUAAUCUAGCAUAGUUUUUUUUUCUUUCUUUCAUUAUCUAACAGUGAUAAUUAACACCAGUUUCUGUUUGUUUUCACAGGGCACAGCUGGGAGGAAAAGAUGUUUGGCUUUCACAAACCGAAGAUGUACCGGAGUAUAGAGGGCUGCUGUAUUUGCAGGGCUAAGUCUUCCAGUUCUCGCUUCACUGACAGCAAACGUUAUGAAAAGGAUUUCCAGAAUUGUUUUGGGCUCCACGAGGCUCGCUCGGGAGAUAUUUGCAAUGCCUGUGUCCUUUUGGUGAAAAGAUGGAAAAAAUUACCAGCAGGAUCCAAAAAAAACUGGAAUCACGUGGUAGAUGCCAGGGCUGGACCCAGCCUUAAAACAACACUGAAACCAAAGAAAAUGAAAACCCUUUCUGGAAGCAGAAUAAAGAGCAAUCAAAUCAGCAAGCUGCAGAAGGAAUUCAAGCGGCACAACUCUGAUGCUCACAGCACAACUUCAAGUGCCUCCCCAGCUCAGUCACCCUGUUACAGCAACCAGUCGGACGAGGGCUCUGACACGGAGCUGAGCGCCGGGGCCAGCAGGACACCCGUGUUCUCCUUCCUAGAUCUCACCUACUGGAAAAGGCAAAAGGUCUGCUGUGGAAUUAUUUACAAAGGGCGUUUUGGAGAAGUCCUCAUAGACACUCAUCUCUUCAAACCUUGUUGUAGCAAUAAAAAGUCUGCCACUGAAAAGCCAGAACAAGAAGGACCCCAGUCUCCAGCAAUCUCCACCCAAGAGGAGUGGUGACUUCCUUGGAUAGCUGCAGAAGGUUAUACAGAUCCUCUUAUUCUCUGGAAAAAUACUAGAAAAGUGACUGUUCACUUUGGACACCUGCUAUGCUGCCAAAAGACUAUUCCCUGGAACUGUUUUGGGUUUUACUGCUACGAUUCCACAAACUCUGAAGCCAGUUGGUAUCCUUUCAGAAAGACUGUACAUAAUAUUUAAGAUGCUAUGGAACACUUGGCAAAGCUGAAUGCUGCUGCAAGGUUGUCUAAUUUUCCCCCACACUCACUUCCCAAGUGAGUAUGAGGAUGGGGUUUGUAUAUUAAAGUAUAUGUAGUUCAUGUUUCUGUACUGAAAGAAGCAGUGGUUGUAAACCUUUUGGUUUUGGUUUUUAUUAUUUCUUUAAAAGUUGGUUGGCAAACUUCCUAAAUUCCCAAGAAAAUAUUUCAUUCUUAGACAUGUAUGAGUCAAUAAGAUGAAUUAAUACAUAGAAAUGUUCUAAGUCACCUCUCUAGUUAUAUAAAUAUAUAUUUUUAAAGGUGUGGCGAUUUCACGCUGUACUACUGACAUAACAAAGACAAAUAUUUCAUCCCUCCCAUAUGCACAGACUGGUAAUCUGCAGACACCUCUCCUUCAAGUGUAGCUAUCUGAGAAGGCCUCCAGCAUAAAAGUGCUCUUGAGAAGGGGUGGGAGAGCUCCCCACCUUAGCCAAGGAUUAAGACUUACCUAAGAACUGAACGUAGCAAAAUGGGAGGUUACUUCUUUUAAACCAGCAGCAGGCGCCUUGAGCUUGGUGUAGUAACCCCUGGUGGUUAGAGAUGGACCAAGAAACGCCUUGAUGGCCAAGUCAGGUGCAGAUGGCAGCCCAAACUGAGUAACUCUUCUCUGUAGGACCAGUGCAGCUGAAAUGUGAUCACAAACAAGACUCCUCCUGGUUUUGGACCUGACAAAGAACCAAACCCCUUGCUAAGCAAAUUAGGCUCUGGUCCAGGGACAUAAUCGGGUUGCAGCCUGGGGUUUGGAUUCACAAUAACUGUUUUGAAACCCUUCCCCUGCAGUGCUUCUCUGUGUUUGGGUUUUGUUGGUUUUUGUUUUGUUUUUUUUUCCAUUUGUUUGUUUAAGCAACUGCCAGGUCAACACAUUUGUGAAUACUGAAUCUGAAAAGUCCUGCUAAGAAUGGUGCUGUGCUGAAUCAAGGCAGCAGCUCUGUUUGCAUAUGUGAUCAAAAGAUAAUCUACACAGAUUCCUAGACGAGCUCGUGUGCAAAUCGUUGUGACACUCCUUCAAACUCUGCUUUGCCUCUAGGGUGGAAGCAGCUUCCUGAAAGGUUGUGCUUCAGUUUUAGCUCCCAGUUGCUUCAUGUUCCUUUUAUGAAGGUUUUACUUGUGUGAGUUGGGAAUUAUGCUUUUUGUUUGGUUGGUUUUUUCCUGGUUUUAGAGGGAGGGAGGAUUGUUUUUUACUAUUUCUCUUUUGGGAUAUCCUACAAUGGGUUGCUACAUGGUGUGAUUCUUGUGGUGUCCUGAGUAGGGCCAGGAGCUGGAGUUGGUCCUGAUGGGUCCUUCAACUCAGCAUAUUCUAUGAUUCUAAGCUUUCUUUUUUUGUGAGAGUCAUUGGCAUAAUACUGUGGUGGGUAGGGUUUAGGACUGGAUUUCCAUGUAGUCUUGGUUCCUGAAAUGGGAAUACUUAGCAAAUUAAAAUAUAGAUAGGGAAAGAUAUGCAGGUUUUAAGAGGAGCCUCUACCCUCAAAGCUUUUUUUUUUUCUUUCUUUUUUCCUCUCCUGUUGGGUCAGCCAAUCUCUGGAGAGAAAGAAAAUCAGGGGAAACAGGGCUUUGACUUAUCACAGCCUUACACCUUAGAGCUUUCCUUGGACUCAUUUUGCUUUUCUUAAACUCUGGGGCUCUUAAGGGAGGACAAAGCUGCUUACCUUGCUGUUAUUCUCAACCAAAUAGAAUCGUUCGGGUUGGAAAAGACUGAAGCCCAUUGAGUCCAGCCAUAGCUACAAUGGAUACUUGAUUGUAUAAAGGCAUAACUAGGUUGGUCAUGUCUAAUAAGGGCUUGAGCAAGAGUCCUCGCUGUGUUUGCAGACACCUAUUUCAUGUGAAUUUGUGUUUUCAGCAUCAGUAAUUCUGUACACCUCAGAAGGCUGCAGUGUUGGUGGUAGGAUGUGCUCUGAUACGGAUCAUCUCUUCUGUAUUUAUUUAUUUAUUGCUGGAUUUCAACCGCCAACUGCUUCCCCUACUCCCUCCCACCUCUUCCAUUCCCAGUAGUAAUGCAAAAUGAGUAGUCAUGCACUUUGUAUUAAUGUAUUAGAAAUCUAUGGAACCUGUUUUGUACUUUUAUACUGUUCAGACACUUGUAAUCCAAACUUUGUUUUUACUAGGGUUAUGAAUAAAUUUAGUCUUAUUUAGAAAAUAA